GGGAUCCGCGGCAGAGUCUGCGCGAGUCAGGCCGGGGCGGGGCUCGGCUGAGGCUUGGAGGGUCCGGGGCGCGGCGGGAGGGGGCGCCCGCGACCCUCCAAGGCGCUCCAGCGGGGACAAAGGCGAGGGGAGCCCCCGCGCCCGGGGAGCCCGGGAGAGCGCCUUGCGCAGUGCACAGUCCCGGGCAUCUGUCCCGCGCCGCGACCGCCUCCCGCCGCCUGGUUUCUCGGCGCCCGCGGUCUCCGGCGGGGGCCGCGCAGAGGCGGGGCGGCGGGAUCUCCAAGCGCGCGGUGCUCCGCCCGCUCGGCGGCGGAGGCGGAGGCGGAGACGGCGGGGCCAGGCGGCGGCCGGAGAGCGAGCGAGCGAGCGAGCGCGGCGGCAGCACCGGGGCCAUGGCGCCCGCGCAGCGCCCGCUGCUGCCGCUGCUGCUGCUGCUGCUGCCGCUGCGGACGCGCAACGAAGAUCCGGCCCGCGCCAACGCUGACCGCUACGCAGUCUACUGGAACCGCAGCAACCCCAGGUUUCAGGUGGGCACCCUGGGAGACGGUGGCGGCUACACGGUGGAGGUAAGCAUCAAUGACUAUCUGGACAUCUACUGCCCGCACUACGGGGCCCCGCUGCCCCCGGCCGAGCGCAUGGAGCGGUACAUCCUGUACAUGGUGAACGGCGAGGGUCAUGCGUCCUGCGACCACCGGCACCGAGGCUUCAAGCGCUGGGAAUGCAACCGGCCCGCAGCACCCGGGGGGCCCCUCAAGUUCUCAGAGAAGUUCCAACUCUUCACCCCCUUUUCCCUGGGCUUUGAGUUCCGUCCCGGCCACGAGUACUACUACAUCUCUGCCACGCCGCCCAACCUCGUGGACCGGCCCUGCCUGAGGCUGAAAGUCUACGUGCGUCCAACCAAUGAGACCCUGUACGAGGCGCCGGAGCCCAUCUUCACCAGUAACAGCUCCUGCAGUGGCCUGGGCGGCUGCCACCUCUUCCUUACCACGGUCCCCGUAUUGUGGACUCUCCUGGGCUCCUAGUGUCAGGACAAGGACAUCAGCCCCACCCGGACCUCCCGACUCGUCCCUCGGACCCACCUCGGCCACCUCUGAGACAAAAAUUCUUGCUGCUUCUCUUUCAUGGUGCUGUCCCAACAGAGGAGGCCGCCCACCCACCGCGGGUCCGAUGCCCGAGGAGGAGACCCAGCUGAGCCACUUUCUCCGUGGCUGUCAGGGAGCUCAAGGCCUCCCAGCGUUGGUUUAGUUCUGGAAGACUUGAGUGCCGUCUUUUAAUUUAUUCCCUGAUAUUGGUGGUGACAUUGGGACAAGCCAGCAGGGUGAGUGGGCCAAGGAUCUCCAGCCACUCCUCCCUGUGCCGCUAUCUGGGUCCAGAUGGAGCCCGCCACAGACUUGUCUGACCCAGAGGGUGCAUGGUGCCAGCCUCUCGCUGGGGCGCCGGGGGCUCGGCCCCCUCUGGCAGCCUCUGCGGAGCCCUCCUCAGCAUCUCAGCCCUUCAGCCCUGCGAUCCACCCCGCCACCCAGGCCCCUCCACCAGGCACAACCGGCUCCAGGGCCUGGGAGACGUUUUAUUUCUGUAAAUAGAAGCCAGCAAAUGUGUACUGUGAUUUAUUUUAAUGUAUUCUUCAGGACAGAAUGGACGUUCUUUUAAAAAAAUUUUUUCCAGACCUUCAAUUCGAAGGGACUUUUAUUUUGGUUGGGGAGAAGUGGGGUGGACUUUUUAGGAUAGAAACAACACUUCGCAAUAAACUCAUUUUUUGUCCUUGUCCAUUGGAGCCCUCCCCCUCGAUCACAUGACCUAGUAAUGUUUGUAAGGAAAAAAAAAAGGACGGACUGAAAAGGAAGGGAGCUACCUACCAAAAAUACCGGAAGAGCGCAGGACCCAGUGAAACUGGCCACACACGUUUCUACGGGUUUCUACCCACCUUUCCUCUCUCUGUUUUAUAUCUAUUCUAUAUAAAUAUAUAUUGUGGAUGGCCGCCAUGGCAAGGGGUGGCUGGGGGGCUUUUGUAGGGGGGGCCAGGAGGAUGGGUGGCCCUGCCCCCUCAUCAAUCAGCUUUGAAGUCUGUAUUUUUUAUAAUAAAAUGGUCAAUCUGUAA